AUGUCACACUCUCACGAAGGUGGACAAUCCCACUCCCACGCGGCCGCCGACCAUGGCCACACGCACGAGAUCCUCAACGGCCCAGGCYCAUUUCUCGGCCGCGAAAUGCCCAUAAUCGAAGGACGAGACUGGAACGAACGUGCCUUUACCAUAGGCAUUGGCGGGCCCGUCGGCUCAGGCAAAACAGCUCUAAUGCUCGCCCUCUGCCUCGCCCUACGCGACAAAUACAACAUAGCCGCCGUAACCAACGACAUUUUCACGCGCGAAGACUGCGAAUUCCUCACACGCCACCACGCCCUCCCAGCCUCACGCAUCCGAGCGAUAGAAACAGGCGGAUGCCCGCACGCAGCCGUCCGCGAAGACAUUUCGACGAAUCUCGCGGCCUUGACGGAUUUGCAUCGGGAAUUCGGGACGGAGAUGUUGUUGAUUGAGAGUGGAGGGGAUAAUCUUGCGGCGAAUUAUUCGAGGGAGUUGGCGGAUUUUAUUGUUUAUGUUAUUGAUGUUAGUGGCGGGGAUAAGAUUCCUAGGAAAGGUGGACCGGGGAUUACGCAGAGUGAUCUUUUGAUUGUUAAUAAGACGGAUUUGGCGGAGUUGAUUGGGGCGGAUUUGGGGGUUAUGGAUCGGGAUGCUAGGAAGAUUCGAGAAGGAGGACCGACGAUUUUCGCUCAGGUGAAGAAUGGUAAAGGGAUGGAUCAUAUUGUUGAUUUGAUUCUAUCUGCGUGGCGGAGCAGCGGAGCUGCAGCCGCAUGCGAGGCUGCUAAAAAGAAGUAA